GUUUGCUCGUGAUGCAAAACAAUGGAGAAGGGGGUAGUGUAAUUUUCCCAUAAAAGGGGAAGCUGUAUUACGGGUUUCUUCUAGUUUCUAGGAGAAGAUCCUUCUGGUUGAAGAGCGCCCCUUUCUCUUUCACAGCAAAAAUUUCGAGAGAUGCUUGCAACAGGAGGAGCAAUGCUAAGAGCUUCUUCUCAUCUUCCACCACUGGCAACUCUUUCUGUUCUUACAGGAUCUCCUCUUACGUCUUCGUCGACCGUUGACAAACUCUGUUUCUUUGCUCCCGCGCCGGCGCCGGCGACGCUCCUCCAUAAAACCAUCAAAUCCACCUCACUCCAUUUCCCCUUUUACAGCUUCAACCGGGUCGCAGCUAUGAUGGGUCAUAUUCGUCCCAAAGCCACUGCUUCAUUCAGUGGUGGGAACAGCUCAGGAAUUGCCAGGGAAAUACUGGUGCAACAUUUGCUUCUUAAAGAAGAUGACCUAAAGCUUUUAUUGGAGCUUCAGAAAAGGAUUUCAGAAGGAGAGGAUCUUAGUGAUUUGGCUCUGGAAUACUCUAUUUGCCCAUCAAAAGAAGAGGGCGGAAUGCUUGGUUGGGUGAGAAAGGGUCAAAUGGUUCCAGAGUUUGAAGAGGCUGCUUUUAGUGCACCUAUAAACAAAGUUGUAAGGUGUAAAACUAAAUUUGGAUGGCAUUUAUUGCAGGUUCUUUCUGAGAGGGAAGAAUCAAAACUUGAAGACAUUGAGCCAAAUGAACUUCAUAGCAAACUUCAAGAUCCAUCAUUCCUUAAAGAGGCCCAGUUGAUUGAUGUUCGAGAACCUGAAGAAGUGGACCAAGCAUCUUUGCCAGGUUUUCAGGUUCUUCCCCUCCGUCAAUUUGGAAGCUGGGGACCAGAAAUUACUACCAAGUUUGAUCCUGAGAAGGAUACCUAUGUCCUGUGUCAUCAUGGAAUGCGGUCACUGCAAGUUGCCAAGUGGUUGAAGACACAGAGGCUUAGUGAUCAAAGUACUGCAAAAAGUGAGGGAAUAGACUUUGAAUAAGCUGCACUAAAGGACUUCAAUCAUCGGUUCAAAUCUGCUGAAGGCUUUCAUUUUGCAAUGUGCCACUCCACAUAAAAGAGUGCAAUAUUGACGCUGUGGCUUGCUAGAUUUCACUCCAACUUGCGUUCUACAAAGAGAAAAGAGAAGAACAAUUCUUAAAGAGAAGUGCUAAGAAUACAAAUGUAAUUUGAUUCAAAAUUGGAUGCCUUACAAGUGCAACCAAAUGAGUUAUUUAUAGCUUACAAAAUGUGUUAGAGACCACACAUUUAAAAAAACUAGGAAAUUGGGUACAACCACUCACUCAAUACUUAAAUUAAGGACAACCACACAAUUAGCACUAAACCCACUCAAUACUUAAAUAAUGGAAGCACUAAUCCCACUCAGUACUUAAAUAAUGGAAUACACACCUAACUCAAGAAGCUUCCACAAGUUGGGCUUCAUUUGGUUGAUGCUAAUUUGGACUUGGGACUUUUUUUGUGUUUUUAAAAUAUUUGAGCUGCAUCAAAUACACAAGCUGAAAGUAAAAAAAGAUCGCUACGGGACAAACAACGUAGUUCAAAAAUUUUGAAUCUUAUCCCGAUCUCGGCGAUUGAAUUAGCGUUGAAAUCAGAUCAUUCACAUAAAAUUAAAUCUAACCUUUAGAUUUCUGAGUCGUUUGCAGAUUCGAGUCAUCCAAACGUUCAGCCUCUAACUCGUAAUAUGCGGCACGCGUCCGUUGGCAAUGAGAGUGAAAUGGGAGUGCUACCUCCUCGUUUGGAAUCGAUGCGGAAGGAAACGAAAGGGAGUGAAUGGCAAUUUUUUUAACCAUUGAAAAACCAUAAAACCAUUCGUUGAUUUGGGCAACCCAUAAAGGGGUAUUUAUAGAGGAGUAUGACCUCUUAGGGUUUCCAAAACCCUAGUGGAUAUGGGCCGACUCAUUUAUCCUAGUCCAACUAGUAAUUAAUUAAGUGGCCCAAAUCCAAUUAUAAGUUUAAAUAAAAUAUUUGGUCCAAAUCUAAUUUAGCUCAAAUAUAGUAUUUAAUUUAAUAUUUGGCCAAAACACUUUAUUUAGCCCAAAAGCCCAAAUAUAUUUUAUUUCCUAUUUGCCACUCCAACAAAUAGAAAAUUAUUAAAUUAAAAACUUUUUUCUAAUUUAAUCAAUUGCCAUUUUAAGAAACUUGUUCUUUUAUGACGACUUUCGUUAUAUCGACGUCAUUACAUCUAUUUGUUCUUUUUUCAUGAGAACCUACGAUGGCAUAACUUUUUGCCGAAGUGUCCCAUUUAACCAUACGUCUGCUCUCCUAGUUUAAGUUAGGAACCGUACCUUUUGCGUAUGACUUAUUAUGCUUCUGAAUAUGUUGGCAAUGUGUCGGUGCAAACACAUAAGACAAGAUUGGCCUCUAGCAAGGCGUCAUGCCUACUUAAUUAUUCAGAAGGAUUUAUAAUCCGUAAACAAUCUUUCACGAGCAUGGUUACUGUGUAAUUCGAUCCUCUCAUCAAUAUAUCUUUUGUGAUCUCAAAUCUGUCGAUGUGUUACUUGAUUACGAUCACAUGAGUUUUCUUCAGUCAUCUAGAUAUCCCCACUUAAUAAAAAGUGAAUCAAUAACUCCUGAUUGAUCUCUAUCAUCAUGACCAUGGAUUUAAAGUUAAUAUCCACCGAAGGUGCCUUAGAUACAUCAUCCACUAUCAAGGGAUAAACAAGUCUCAUCUUAGUUUUGGUUAUGCACUCAUCUCCAUAAGUCUCACGAUAUGCUCAACGAUCGCCCACGUGCAGCCUUUGUCUAGGCCCAUCGAAACGAUGUCAAAGCAUACCGAUCUUCUUAUGAGAUGACUGUGACAACCUUAGGUCCAAGGAUUAGUUGCACCCAUCUCGUAUGAGAAUUCCAUCAACAUAUAACUAAAAUGGAUUCACAUGGCGAGUCAUGUCCAGCGACAUGUUCUUCAACAUUGGUCACCUAUGUACUUGUUUAGGCAUCCCCAUACCUAUGGGUGUGAGACCCCAUUGCUAUCACAUAGCAAAAACAUAGCAUAUAUAAGUCUUACUGCAAUUGUCAAUGUCCAUUCUUGACAUCGCUAUGACUUGGAUCAUUUAAUGAUGUCUAGAAACUAUGAUGCAUCAUUUCACAUCUUUAUAGAUUAAUCACAAUAUACAUCAUAUGGACUUUUAUCUAGUUUUAUCAAGUCCUUACAAUAAUAACAAGAAAUUAAUAGAACAACAAGAAACUAAUAGAAUGAUUUCUUGUGAAAUUGAAUAACUCCUUAUUUAAUAAUAAAUAUGAUUGGAAGUAUUAAUGUACUACAUGCCUAAUCUGAUUGGGUCUAGAGCACCUACACUAACACAAGCAGAGUGAAAAAAGCUAGAAAAAUGCUCCCUAUGAAUUUGAUCUGUGCUAUGGCUCCCUGACUUUUUUCUGUGGCUCUAUCCUUCAUUUAAUGCCACUCUAUAUAUCCUUGGGUCUUCUGGAAUGCCACUCUAUAUAUCCUUGGGUCUUCUAAUAUAGGGCGUCAAUCCUAGGAUGCAAUGAGUCGACAUUCAAGUGCUAAAAGGUCCAUUUGAUAAAGCUCUAGGGAGCCAUUAGCCUGUUAUCCCCAGGACACUAAAGCAAUUUGAAAGUUGUGUCGUGCUUAGAAGGGAUAUUUGCUAGUGUUUCAUAAUAAAUUGCUAUGAUUUUUGUGAUCUGACAACAAAUUGUUCCUGUACGAAAAUGCUGCAUAUCGUCCAGUUUAUAAUCAUUGGAAACACAAAAAGCAAUAGCAGUUGUUAAUUCUUCUUUCCCUUCUUGUCUGUGAAUGUUCUUUUAUCUAUUUUUUUUGUAAAAAUACAGUCAUCUCAAAGUAAUUUGUUCAUUUUGAACAUGAUGACAUGGGACAUUGCAAAUUCUUUAAACGGGAUACAUGCUACAAAGGCCUGACAGUGGUUAUAUUCUUGAUCAAAUUGUGCUGACCUCUGAACUCUUCUGAAAAAUACCAUCUGACCUUGAUUCUUAGUUUUGGUGCUCCUAGUUCAGGUAAUAAGUUGACUAGUAUUACUAGAAAAUUCUAAUACCCUAGUGAGUUACAAAUAAAUAUGCAUCUCUAAUUUUAUUCUGUGUGUUAAUAGAUUCACAUAACAUAUGUAGAUUAUUGAAAUUUAAUGCUGGUUAAAAUGGAGAAUUUUAUGAAAAUAUGUGUAAGUUGGACUGGAAUUGCCCCUCUAUGUUAAAUUUUGUCCUCCUUACCUGCAACACAAGCAUAGGUAAAUUCAGAUGAUAAUCAGGUGGAAUGCUUAACCGUUUGGGCUAAAGAAAUUUGCAGAACUUUACUUCAAGGGGAUGGUAGAUCACAGAUUUCUAUUUACUCUGCAGUUCACUUCUGAUUAAUGUAGUUAGUUUUAUUCCUUUCGGUUUUUCUUUUUGUUUCUUUAAUUUGGUGUUCUUGGGCGUGAUACGAAAAUAGUCAAUUGUAGUUCUAUAAAUAGGCAGAAGGAACAAAGGUUUUGCUAUAAAUCAAGGCGAGGAUCAUUAUUUUUCCAUUUAUUUUUAGGCUUGCGAUGUGUAAUACAUUGGGUUGGCAGCAAGGGUAAUUUAUUGGCCAGCGUAAUGGAGGUGGUCAUUGAUGAUGGCGGCCAUAGAGGUUACUAUGAUCAUUGAGUGGAGAGGUCAACUUUUUGUUGCGUAAUGUAACUAGUUCUGGUAAAUGGUGGGGGAUGAAGUAUGGGUUAAGAGGUAAGAUAGCUCCAUGGGUAGAAAAUGGUAGUGAGUUAAGAAUCUUCAAUAUAUGGUGGCUGUGGCUGCUAAGGGUAAACGGUUCAAUCAACCAUGGGAUUACUAAUUCUUGAUCCAUUAUGAUUUUUUCUGUUUGUCUAUGGCCUGGUCUUGGAGAUACCGCAAAUCCAUCCAUGGAAAACUACUUCCUUUUUUUCUUGCCGUUUUGCAAGUUGUUGCCGCAAGUUUUUCGGGCUCAAGCUUGUGUUUUUGCUGACUUGACUUGUAAC